AGAGAGAGAGAGAUAUGCAAAAAUAAUCUGUUGGAAAGGCAGCCACAGAGGGGAAGGGAUAAAGACCACGAGAUAUUCCCCAACAUCGAGUCUUCAAGCAAUCUCUCGCAUCUGUUCCUCAUGGACUUUGGACAUUAAAACUCUCAUAGGUGAGAGCUGAGGGAGCAUCACCGUUGCUCAGUGCACCGUCCGCUUUCAGGGGACUGCCUGCUAUUUUCAAAACGCUCCCGUCCACAGCAACAACAUGGGACUGGGUACUUUCUUUCUCCUGUACUUGCCUUCAAUACUCGGCAAGCUGGCCGCUGCGGAGCUCACAGAUUUCACUUACCAACUACCGAUUGGAAGCACGCUGGGUGUGAACCCGAAAGGCCAGCGCUGGAGGCGUGGUGCUCCCGUCAAUAUUGACUCCAUCAAAACAUUGGAGACUGAAGGAGACCGCUUGAGCCUGGAUUUAGUUGGGGCCAGCCUUGCCAUUGACACCUUGCCAGACAAUGGAACCCAAAUUGUGGAAGACCACCAUAACUACUACAUAUCCAGAAGCUAUGGGCCAAAUGACUCCAAAACAAAGGAGCUCUGGGUUGACUUUGCGAAGGUGGACAAGAGCAAAGUGAGGGUCCAUGGAAUUCUCUCAAACACACACCGACAAGCUUCAAGAGUGAUUUUGUCCUUCGAUUUCCCUUUCUAUGGCCAUUAUUUGCGCCAGAUCACCAUAGCAACAGGAGGUUUUAUAUUCACUGGGGACGUUAUCCACAGGAUGCUGACUGCCACUCAGUACAUAGCCCCACUCAUGGCGAACUUCGAUCCCAGUUACUCCAGGAAUUCCACCAUCAGAUACUUCGAUAAUGGGACUGCAUUUGUCGUCCAAUGGGACAAGGUCUUCCUGCCGGACCUGGAGGACAUUGGAAGUUUCACCUUUCAGGCAAUGUUGUGUCAAGAAGGCCGGAUUGUUUUCAGCUACAAGGAUGUUCCAAUAAUUGUGACUCAGAUAAAUUCUGCGGAGCACCCUGUCAAAGUGGGGCUGUCUGAUGCCUUCAUGAUAGACCACAAGGCACCGCACGUUCCUGAUGGUCAGAGAAGAAUGAUUUAUGAAUAUCACAGGGUGGAAAUAGACAUGACAAAGAUCAGCAACAGCACAGCUUUGGAGUUCACUCCUGUUUCCAUGUGUCUGCAGCACUUGAGUUGUAAUGCGUGUGUCAACGCUGAGAUUCGAUUUAACUGCAGCUGGUGUGGUGUUCUUCAGAGAUGUUCCAAUGGGUUUGACCGGCAUCGACAGGAAUGGCUGGACUAUCACUGCAUGGAGGAGCACAGCGGUGAGCUCUGUGAGGACCAUCCAGAACAUUUCCCAGAUGUCUCCUCCACAACAAACUUUGGAAAUUCAUUGGAAGUUGAUGUUACCACCACCACCUCAGUGCUGCUCUCAAGCAGUCUCACUACGGAAGAUGACACGAAACUCAUUUUUCGUCAGAAGGACAAUGGUAUCACAGAUGACAGUCCCUCGGAUAAGAAAGGACCUCUGCACACCGGUGUGGUAGUGGGCAUUGUCCUGGCAGUUAUUGUCAUCGCUGUCAUUAUUCUGGGCAUCAUCUACAUUAGCAGUCACCCCCUGUCUCCUGCUGCCUUGUUUUUUAUUGAGCGCCGGUCCCAUAGAUGGCCAGCAAUGAAGUUCAGAAACAACACUGGACACCCUACCUACACCGAGGUGGAGCCAAUGGGUCACGACAAAGAGGGAUUUCUGGAAGCUGAACAGUGCUGAAAUCCACGUGGGGUCAAAUACUUGGCUGGGUCAAAAGGCCAUGGACUUCCAAGCCAUGAUAUGCAGAGCUGUGCCCUAUUCAUUUCUCAGCUACUGUCUAUGGAGGAUUACCUUGCAGACCAGCCCCACACCAAUGAUGGAAACUUGUCACACUGUUAACAGGCAAUUGUAUCCAUCUCAGCAAGAGACAUUUAUUAUAGUAUAUAUGAAGAAGAAUACGUUACAACUGAGUAUAUGUACAUUUAUUUCUUUGAGAAUCAGUUGUGUUCAGAUCCAUAUAUAUAUAUAUUAUAUAUUAUAUAUAAGACUUACCAGGGUAUAGGUGGACCUUAUACAAUGGAGCAUCUUCAUCCACUUUGCUGGGGAAGUGGGUGGAAUUUUAAUUUGAUUUGUAUAAUUUAUAUAGUACAGUGAAUAUAUCAUGUGCCUCAUCUCUCCUUCCCCACCCAGCGACACAGGUUGUGCGCUAUUCUGAUGCAGGUAAUUUGACAAACAAUUCGCACAUAAGGCAUGACCAGUGCCAACCAGCUCCCCCCACCAUGUCACUGAAAGUAUCACCUCGCACUGGGCUGCAGCCCACAGACCUGCAGUGCCCCAUCAGUGCUUGUGUUUGAUGUGUGUGCUUAGUGAGUCUGUGGGGUAUUCAAAAAUUGGGAGAAACACAGUUGAAACCAUUCCAGUCUUGUCCAACAUUCACACAGGCACACUAACAUGUAUGCACGCACCCACAUACCUCCACAAACACACACACGCACGCAUAUAUGCACACGGAUAUAUGCACACACAUGCAUAUUUGCAUGCACACAAUAAGCACAUAUUAAUUCCAUGUGUGGAAGCACACAUGCAUUUGUAUACAUACAGACACAUACACAAAUGCAUGUAUAAAUAUACACACAUACUUAAAUGCACAAUAUGCAAUUAAAAGGGGACAUAAAGGGCCAUUUUUCAGCACAGGUCUCUGGGGAUUGAGCAGGAGCAGGGAGCUCACUGGAUUCCAUGACCUUUCCCGCUGGUCAGAAGGCUCUGUGGCCAAUUGCUGUGCUUUUCUUGCUGCCCUUAGCUGAGAUGAGAUAACAUGCUAGUGUCCCCAAAUUGAAAGUGGGCCCUUCGGUAUAAUCAAUAUACCACAUGAUGCAUUCACCCACAGAACCACUGGGGAAUGUACUUUUAAUUAAUUGUGUAGGCGGCCUUCAAUAAGGAACGGCAGAAAAGGCUUGUGAGCAUUCAAGUAGCAUUUGUAAAAUCCGAGUGCAGAUUCCACGCGUCUUGUUAUCGGAGUUGAUCAUUGCUGUAAUUGCCUCAUGUCUCACUUGUUCUUGUGCAAAAUAUAGCUUCAGGAAGUCA